UUUGUGAUUAUUGUGAUACAUUUUUUUACAUUAUUACUAUAUUAUUACAUUACAGGAAAAAAGAAUUUUUCUGUGAGUAUUACAUUAAUAUACUUAAUUUAAAUUAGUUAAAUUUUAUAGUUUUAUAUUUAUCGAGUAGUUUAUAAUAUUUCGUGAAUAGUGCCAAGCACGACAUAGGAAUCAAAAUGGAGUCUAAACUAGCUAAUGGCUUAAAAUUAUUAUACAUACCUAAAAAAACAAAAAUUAGUUCUGGUCUUGGUGAUCGGCUUCCCGAGGCAUACAAGAAAUUUUAUAAGGAAUGGCGUCAUAAGGUUCCUGAACCAGUUUACUUCAAACCUAAACCAGGAAAAUGGACUAAAGAUGAGAAAACUGGAGCAGUGAUUCCCGUUCAAAAUAUACCAAUUCCUUUAAAAUACCCUAAAACAAUGCACUCUGGUAUUUGGGGAGGAGAAGCUGUAGUUCAAGGUUUCAAACAAAGUGGUAAAUAUAAGAGUCGUGUACCACAUUUUUGGACACCAACACUAAAGAAAUCAGUGGUAUACAGUGAAAUUUUAAAUACCUAUAUGUCAACAACAGUGACUGAAAAAGCCCUAGAUCUUAUUAAUAAGAAUUAUGGCUUCGAUCAUUAUUUACUGAAAACAGCUGCGUGUGAUUUAAGAACCACUUUAAGCUUAAAAAUUAAACGUCAUAUUUUAAUGGCUCUAAGAGACAAGACAUUAUAUGAAGAUGAUAGUGUAAAACAACAAGAAGUAUAUGACAAAUAUAAACAUUAUUUGAAGGAUUACACCCACGAAGAAAUUGAGUGGUAUGGUUUAACAUUUGAUGAGGCUUUACUCAAGAUGCAAGAUAUAGAUGAAUUAAACGAAAAGAAAGCUCCAUUGAAGGCAAAAUACAGAUUGGAAUUGGUAGAGGAGUUGAAAAAUAGUAAUGAAACAGUAGAAGAGGACAAAAGUUGGUUAAAUAAACUUAAUCCUUUUAGUUAGAAAUGUUAUAUUACAAAAUAGUGGUGUAUUAAUGUUUAAAAAAUAAUAACUAAUAAUAGAAUAAAAAUACAAUUUUGUUUAUGAA